CACAAGUUCUCUUCGAAUCCAAGAUGGAUAAGACGAUCAUGGGGAGUGCGAAACCUGAUGGAUCGGUAGUUGGUGCAGCGAGUGAUGGUUCUGCAGAUUUCGCAUCGGGGACUCUAGAACGGCGAGGCAAGAAGUGGAUUAUGCAGACGGGAGUUGCUAGCGAUCUCAUCAUACAACUGGGAAAUCACAGCUUUCGCUUGCACAAGCUUCCCAUGGUCUCAAGAAGUGGCUACAUAAACCGAUUGGUAUUUGAAAGGAAAGGAAAAGCAGACAGCGAGAAGUCCACGCCUAUAAACUUAGACAACGUUCCUGGCGGAGUGAAAACUUUUGAGUUGGUAGUGAGAUUCUGUUACGGUCUGAAGCUUGAUCUAACGGCAUCGAAUAUUGCCCCUCUGUACUGUGCUGCACAUUUCUUGGAAAUGAGUAAUGAUUAUCACGAAUCCAACCUCAUUCCCCAAACCGAGGCCUUUUUAAGUUAUGUGAUGUUCUCAUCUUGGAAAGACUUAUUCCAGGUGCUUAAAAGUUGCGAGGCCAUAUCUCCUUGGGCCAAGCAGUUGAAAAUUUUGAACCGGUGCUCAGAGGCCAUAGCAUGGAAAGCCUGCACCGAUCAUAAUGCAUUCAGCUUCAGUACCUGCGACGCAGCCCUCUUUGGUAUUCAAGGGAAUAGGUCGACAUACUCAGAAGUCGAAGUUUCUCUUGAUCAAUGGUGGUUUGAGGAGGUCUCGCUGCUGCGGAUAGACCAUUUCUUAGAAGUGGUAGAUGCGUGCAAAAGGAAAGGGAUGCAACCUGACCUUAUCGGUGAAUCUAUGGCCGCAUGGACCAAAAAAUGGCUUUCGAGUGACAUUGCUUGA